GAAAGGGCGAAAAAAAAAUCCCCAAGGUAUUCCCUAUCUAUUGUCUAUUCUCUCUCGAUGGUAGUGCUCAAUCUAGAUUUCAUAAAUACUUUUUUCCAGUGCCGUAUGAAUGUCAGACAUGUCAACGACUUUGAAUGGCUUAAACAAUGCCGUUUCUACUUCAAAGAAGAACAAGAUAAAACCCUAAUCGUCAUCACCGACGUUACAUUUUUCUACCAAAACGAAUAUUUAGGCUGCACUGAUCGUUUGGUAAUAACUCCAUUAACAGACAGAUGUUAUAUAACUCUAGCCCAAGCAUUAGCUAUGAGUAUGGGCGGAGCCCCUUGUGGUCCUGCUGGUACAGGAAAAACAGAAACUGUAAAAGACAUGGGCAAAACUCUAGCAAAAUACGUCGUGGUGUUUAAUUGUUCCGAUCAAAUGGACUAUAGAGGACUCGGCAGGAUUUAUAAAGGUCUAGCUCAAUCUGGGUCAUGGGGCUGUUUCGACGAAUUCAACAGGAUAGAGCUACCUGUAUUAUCGGUUGCUGCCCAGCAAGUUGCAGUCAUUUUAGCCAGCAAAAAGGAGAAAAAGAAGAGUUUCCAGUUUACGGAUGGCGAUAUUAUCGAAAUGUGCCCAGAAUUUGGAGUGUUUAUAACAAUGAAUCCGGGUUAUGCUGGAAGAAAAGAACUACCAGAAAACCUCAAAAUUCAAUUCCGUACCGUAGCCAUGAUGGUACCGGAUCGUCAAAUUAUCAUACGCGUGAAGCUGGCCAGUUGCGGUUUCCUGGAAAACAUCACGCUGGCCAGAAAGUUCUACACCCUCUACAAGUUAUGUGAAGAACAGCUUACGAAACAAGUCCACUACGAUUUUGGUCUCAGAAACAUCCUGUCGGUGCUCAGAAGUCUCGGAGCAGCCAAAAGGGUCAACAACAGAGACUCGGAAAGUACUAUAGUCAUGCGAGUGCUCAGAGAUAUGAAUUUGUCCAAACUAAUCGACGAAGAUGAGCCUUUGUUUAUCUCACUGGUAGCCGAUUUGUUUCCUAAUCAAGUCUUAGAAAAAACUGCUUAUCCGGAACUGGAAGAGUCCAUCAACCAUCAAGUAGAAGAGGCUGGUUUAGUAAACCAUCCUUCGUGGGCCUUGAAAUUGAUACAGCUCUAUGAAACUCAAAGAGUACGUCACGGUAUUAUGACUCUAGGACCUUCCGGGGCUGGAAAAACUUGCUGCAUUCAAACCCUAAUGAGAGCUUUAACUGAAACCGGAAACAUUCACAGGGAAAUGCGCAUGAAUCCAAAAGCGAUAACAGCAGCUCAGAUGUUUGGUAGGUUGGAUGUGGCUACAAACGACUGGACAGAUGGAAUAUUUUCGGCUUUGUGGAGGAAAACAUUAAAAAUUAAAAACGGCGAAAAUAUUUGGUUGGUUCUAGAUGGUCCAGUGGAUAGUAUUUGGAUUGAAAACCUCAAUUCAGUAUUAGAUGAUAAUAAAACAUUAACAUUAGCCAACGGUGAUAGACUAUCGAUGGCACCUACUUGCAAAAUUAUUUUCGAGCCUGAAAAUAUUGACAAUGCUUCACCAGCUACAGUAUCCAGAAACGGAAUGGUUUACAUGAGUUCCUCUGGCUUAACAUGGAAGCCCAUAGUGAAAGCUAGGCUUAAAAAACGCAGCCCCGUAGAACAAGAAGUUUUCACCACACUCUUUGAUGAAUAUUUUGGCACUUUGCAAAGCUGGGGCAAUCAAAACUUAACAUUAGUCAUGAACGUUAUAGAAUGUAACAUUAUUUUGCAAAUUAUCAAUUUACUUGAAGGUUUGAUUCCCAAUCAAAUUGAAGUUCCAGAAGAAAUUUCAGCAGCCAAAUCUGAUAUUGACGAUGAAGAACUUUUAGAGGAAGCUGAAAAGGUUGAAGAGCGUAAAAUAUUCACUCCAGAACAUUUAGCUAAGCUUUAUGUGUUUGCUCUGACAUGGGGCAUGGGCGCCUAUCUAGAAGCGGAAGAUCGUUUGAAAUACAACAGCUUCAUAAAAGAAAACCUUACGGAAUUGGAUUUGCCGAAAAACAACAACAGAAACCCUGACGCUACUGUUUUUGAUUACGUAGUUAAUGCUGAUGGAGAUUGGGUAAUGUGGAACACUUUGGUUACCAAUUAUGUUUAUCCUGAGAUGGCAACUCCAGAGUUUGCUACGAUAUUAAUACCAAUAAUGGAUAAUGUGAGGAUUAAUUAUUUGAUCGACACUAUUGCCAAGCAGGAGAAAGCUGUUAUGUUGAUUGGAGAACAGGGAACUGCUAAAACAGUUAUAAAUAGAGCGUUGUUUUUGUGGUGCAAUUUUUAAAUACAAAUUUUUAGGUGAUGAUGAAAUCCUACAUGAAGAAAGCCAACCCAGAAGUUUGGCUUCAUAGAGCUUUCAAUUUUUCCAGUGCCACCACUCCUUACCAGUUCCAAAAAACUAUCGAGAGUUACGUGGAAAAAAGAAUGGGCAAUUCUUUUGGUGCUCCCAAUGGCAAAAAGCUGAUUAUAUUUAUCGAUGACAUUAAUUUGCCUGAAAUCAAUUGCUGGGGAGAUCAAAUAACCAAUGAAAUUGUCCGGCAAACUAUGGACAUGGGAGGUUUCUACAGUUUAGAAAAACCAGGAGAAUUUACCACAAUCGUAGAUGUACAGUUUGUCGGGGCUAUGGGACAACCCGGAGGUGGCAGAAACGAUAUACCUUCAAGAUUAAAAAGGCAAUUCAGCAUUUUCAAUUGCCCCUUACCAGUGGAUGCCUCUAUUGAUAAAAUUUUUGGAGUAAUCGCUCAAGGGCAUUAUAACGUAAAAAGAGGCUUCACUUUAGAAGUUAGGAAUUUGGUUAAAAAACUCAUACCUUUAACGAGGAUUUUGUGGAAGAACACCAGAGCGAAACUAUUGCCUACCCCUGCCAAAUUCCACUAUGUCUUCUCGUUAAGAGAUCUUUCUAGAAUAUGGCAAGGAAUGAUUGGCACCUUGUCAACGGUAAUUGAAUCCGAGGGUUGCAUGAUGGUUCUUUGGAAACACGAAUGUGCCAGAGUGUUUUCUGACAGAUUCACCAUAGAAGAAGACAAAAGCUGGUUCAAUGGUGAAUUGCUUCAGUUAGUUGAAGACCACUUGGGAUCCGAUAUUCGACGCAAAACUGAACCGAAUCCUGUGUUUGUUGAUUUUAUGCGAGAUGCUCCUGAACCAACUGGCGAAGAAGGCGAAGACGCAGACAUGGAACUACCAAAAGUAUACGAGCCAGUGAGCAAUUCAGACGAGCUAAAAGAACGGUUGGAAAUGUUCUUAGCGCAAUUUAACGAAAUGGUGCGCGGCUCUGGCAUGGACUUGGUGUUUUUCCCAGACGCCAUGCUUCAUUUAGUGAAAAUUUCCAGAGUGAUUCGCCAUCCUAGAGGCAACGUGAUGCUUGUAGGCGUGGGAGGUAGCGGCAAACAAUCCCUAACAAAAUUAUCUUCGUUUAUUGCUGGCUACAAGACCUUCCAAAUUACUUUGACAAGGUCCUAUAAUAUCGCCAACUUUUUGGAAGAUCUCAAGGUGCUUUAUAGGUCUUGCGGUUGCCAAGGUAAAGGAACUACCUUUAUUUUCACUGAUCUGGAUAUCAAGGAAGAAGGCUUUUUGGAAUAUUUGAAUAAUAUUUUGUCUUCUGGAGUUAUUUCCAAUUUGUUCACCAAAGACGAACAAGCGGAAAUUAUCCAGGAGUUGACUCCUAUUAUGAAAAGGGAAAAUCCCAAAAGGACAUUGAAUCAGGAAGUUGUAAUGGAGUAUUUUAUGAAUCGUACUUGUCAGAAUUUGCAUGUGGUAUUUUGUUUUUCACCAGUAGGAGAAAAAUUCCGAAACAGAGCUUUACGGUUCCCAGCCCUAAUAUCCGGUUGUACCAUCGACUGGUUCCAACCCUGGCCUAAAGACGCCUUGGUUCUGGUAGCCAAACAUUUCCUAACAGAAUUCCAAAUUGCUUGUACGGAUAAAGUCAAAGAAGAGCUUGUGAAUGCUUUAGGCUCGAUACAAGAUGUCGUAGCUGUAACUUCUACGGAAUAUUUCCAAAGAUUCCGAAGAGCUACUCACGUGACUCCAAAAUCUUACCUCAACUUUAUAGCUGGAUAUAAGAGCAUUUACAAUAACAAACAAAAAGAACUGAGCGAUGGAGCUUUGCGUAUGGAUACGGGCUUGAAAAAACUUGCCGAAGCUUCAUCUUCCGUUUUGAUUCUCAAAAAAGAACUAGCGGUAAUGGAAAAAGAGCUGGCCGAUGCUUCUCAGAGAGCAGAAAGAGUCCUGACAGAGGUAACUGAGAGAGCAAUGCAGGCAGAAAUCGUUAAAAACCAAGUGCAGAAAGUCAAAGAAAAAGCUGAAAUCCUUGUGUCGUCGAUUGCAGACGAAAAAGCCCGAGCCGAACAAAAACUCGAAGCCGCCAAGCCUGCUUUGGAAGAAGCCGAAGCUGCUUUGAACACCAUAAAACCGGCCCAUAUAGCUACUGUACGUAAACUAGGCCGCCCGCCGCACCUUAUAAUGAGAAUAAUGGAUUGCGUUUUGAUACUCUUCCAAAGAAAACUACACCAAGUGAUUGUAGAUGGCGCAGCCCCAUGUCCAAAGCCUUCAUGGGCAGAAUCCUUGAAAAUGAUGGCUUCAACAACAUUUUUGCUCCAGCUUCAAAACUACCCCAAGGACAUCAUAAACAACGAAAUGGUUGAACUACUAACGCCCUACUUCGAAAUGGAAGACUACAACAUGGACACAGCCAAAAGAGUUUGUGGUGACGUAGCAGGAUUGUUGUCUUGGACCAAAGCUAUGGCCUUUUUCCACAGCGUAAACAGAGAAGUCUUACCAUUAAAAGCAAACUUAACUCUACAAGAGGCCAGACUAAAAGUUGCAAUGGAAGAUCUUGCAGGGGCUGAACAACAGCUAGAGGAAAGAGAACAAUCUUUGAGGCAAGUCAAAGAACAAUAUGACAGUGCUGUAAUGGAAAAACAAAGACUCACCGAUGCAGCUAAUCUUUGCUUGAGAAAAAUGAAUACUGCUACAACUUUGAUUAAAGGUUUAGGUGGUGAAAAGGUCCGCUGGACUCAGCAAAGCAAAGAAUUCAAAGAACAACUAGGCAGAUUGGUCGGUGAUGUUUUACUGGCUACUGGAUUUUUAUCCUACUGCGGGCCUUACAAUCAAGAAUUCCGCGCAGGCUUAGUGAACACUUGGAUGGAAAUAUUAUUAUCAAGAGCCAUACCUUAUACAGUCAACUUAAACAUUACCAAUAUGCUAGUGGAAAGUUCUACAGUAUCCGAAUGGACCUUACAGGGAUUACCCAACGACGAACUGUCUGUACAAAAUGCUCUUAUUGUCACCAAAUCCAGAUCGUAUCCUUUGCUUAUUGAUCCACAAACUCAAGGAAAAAUGUGGAUUAAAAACAAAGAGGCGAACAACAACUUGCAAAUUACAAGUUUGAAUCACAAAUACUUUAGGACGCAUUUGGAGGAUUGUUUGUCACUUGGAAAGCCACUUUUAAUUGAGGAUAUCGAUGUGGAACUUGACCCUGUUUUAGAUAAUGUAUUAGAAAAGAACUUUAUCAAGUCUGGCAGCAUUGAGAAAGUUAUUGUAGGAGAUAAAGAGUGUGACGUGCUUAAAGGCUUCAUGCUUUAUAUUACUACUAAGUUACCAAAUCCUCCUUAUUCUCCAGAAAUCAGUGCGAAAACUUCUAUUAUUGAUUUUACUGUAACUAUGCUGGGUUUAGAAGAUCAGCUACUAGGCAGGGUAAUUCUAAUGGAAAAAUCCGACUUGGAAGCAGAAAGAGUUGCUUUGUUUGAAUCCGUAAUGCAAAAUCAAAAGAAAAUGAAAGAGCUUGAAACUAAUUUAUUAAGCCGAUUGAAUUCUACUGAAGGCUCUCUAGUAGACGACGAAGAAUUGAUUAAUGUGCUUCAAGUUACUAAAACAACUGCAGAAGAAGUGACUCAAAAAUUAUCAGUGUCAGUGCAAACAGAAAAAAAAAUUAAUAUUGCUAGGGAGGAAUUUAGAGCUGUUGCAGCAAGAGGUUCGAUACUUUAUUUUCUAAUAGUUGAAAUGAGUAAUGUUAAUGUAAUGUAUCAAAACUCUUUGAAGCAAUUUUUGAUUAUUUUCGAUAACUCAAUUACGAAAUCAGAAAAAAGCAACAAUACCCUUGAAAGAAUCAAUAUUAUUUUGAAAUAUUUAACUCACGAGGUUUGGACGUUUACUCAGAGAAGCCUCUACGAACGUCACAAAUCAUUAUUCACCUUAAUGAUGGCCAUGAAAAUUGACUUACAAAAAGCUGUAAUAACUCACGAAGAAUUUAUGUCGUUUAUCAAGGGCGGGGCCUCUUUGGAUCUCAACGCCGUCCAGCCAAAGCCUUUCAGAUGGAUUUUGGACAUAACUUGGCUUAAUUUAGUGGAAAUUAAUAAACUAGAAGUAUUUGCGGAAAUUUUAAUAAAAAUUGAGAAUUCGGAAAAAGAAUGGCGGGUUUGGUAUGAAAAAGAAAAGCCCGAAGAAGAAGAUAUACCUUGUGGUUAUCAAAAAAAUCUAGACGUUUUCAGGAAACUGUUACUUAUAAGAUCUUGGAGCCCUGACAGGACUCUGUCCCAGGCAAGAAAGUAUAUCAUGGAUUCUUUGGGAACCGAAUACGGAGAACCGUGUAUUUUGGAUUUGGAAGCCACCUGGAACGAAUCUGAACCCGGCUCACCUCUUAUUUGUAUUUUAUCUAUCGGUUCUGAUCCUUCGCCACAAAUUUCUGCUUUGGCCAAACAAAAAGAUAUUCCUUUGAAGUCAGUAUCUAUGGGCCAAGGACAGGAAAUAGUUGCCAGAGAUAUGAUAGAAAGCUCUAUGCGGAAUGGGGGUUGGGUUUUACUGCAAAAUAUUCAUUUAUCGUUACCGUUUGCCACAGAAGUGAUGACGAUGCUAAUGGACGCUGAAACUAUGGAUGAUAGUUUUAGGAUUUGGUUGACUACUGAAGUGCAUGAACAAUUUCCUAUUGGUUUGCUUCAGAUGGCAAUUAAAUUUACUAAUGAACCUCCGCAAGGGAUCAGAGCUAGUAUGAAGAGGACUUACCAGAAUAUUACGCAGGAUUUCUUGGAUUAUUCCACACAGUCUCAGUGGCCUCCUUUACUUUAUGCUGUGGCUUUUUUGCAUACUGUAGUGCAAGAGAGACGAAAAUUUGGACCACUAGGCUGGAACGUGCCUUACGAGUUCAAUCAGGCUGAUUUUGCUGCAAGUGUGCAAUUCAUACAAAAUCACUUGGACGAUAUGGAUCCUAAGAAAGGAGUUUCGUGGCCUACAGUAUGUUAUAUGCUUGGAGAAGUGCAAUAUGGCGGUAGAGUUACUGAUGAUUUUGAUAAGAGGCUUUUGACAACAUUUACUCAGGUAUGGUUUUGUGACGUCUUACUGCGUCCGGGUUUCGAAUUCUACAAAAACUACAAAGUUCCACAGACUCGUAACCUACAAGGCUACAUCGACUAUAUCAAUGGGCUACCCUCUACAGAUACUCCAGAAGUAUUUGGACUACAUGGCAACGCUGACAUUACUUAUCAAAUAAAUACUGCAAAAGGUAUUUUGGAUACAAUCUUAAGUGUUCAGCCUAAAGAAGGUGGCGGUGGAGGUGGUGAAACUAGAGAAAGUGUGGUUUAUUGUUUAGCUGACGAUAUGUUGGAUAAACUACCAGAAGUUUACAAUAGUUUUGAAGUUAAAGAGGCUCUAGUUAGAAUGGGAGCUUUAUUACCAAUGAAUAUUUUUCUUAGGCAGGAAAUUGAUAGGAUUCAAAAAGUUAUACAAGAGGUAAAAUCCACAUUGACAGAUUUAAAACUAGCCAUCGACGGUACCAUAGUGAUGAGCCAAAACUUGAGAGAUUCUCUGGACGCUAUGUACGAUGCUAGGAUUCCAGAAAAAUGGCAAAAGAUUUCGUGGGAGUCUGCUACAUUGGGCUUUUGGUAUACCGAACUCUUAGAACGCGACUCUCAAUUUAGAACUUGGUGCAACCAAGGCAAACCCAACGCUUUUUGGAUGACUGGCUUUUUCAAUCCUCAAGGAUUCUUGACAGCCAUGAGACAAGACGUCACACGUGCUCAUAAAGGUUGGGCUCUAGACUCGGUGGUCCUUCAAAACCUUGUGACCCGCUACAACAAAGAAGACGUCAAAGAAGGUCCUCAUGAAGGUGUUUACGUGUACGGUUUGUUUUUGGAAGGCGCCGGUCUGGACAGGCGCACUGGAAAAUUAAUCGAGAGCAAACCGAAAGUGCUCUACGAACAAAUGCCAGUGAUCUACAUCUAUGCUAUCAAUACAACUGCUGGCAAAGAUCCGAAAUUGUACGAGUGUCCGAUUUAUCGUAAACCGCAAAGAACUGAUCAGAAAUACGUUGGUAGUAUUGAUUUUGAAACUGAUCAUAAUCCGCGACAUUGGACUUUGAGGGGAGUGGCACUCUUAUGUGAUAUUAAAUAAGAUUUGU